UCAAUAUUCCAACAGUGCAGUAAACAGUUGCAUGUCAUAUGCACAGUCAGUCUAAUAAAUACCGAAUUUUCUGACGAAAUCCUGGGAGGAAAAUGAUGGCCAUCGGGAAUGUUGCCCAUCACCUGAAGUCCUUCAAGGCGUUGCCAUGGAUACUGUCUCGUCAUGUCGCACCCUCACCUUCAAGUUGUCAUGGAAGACUUGCAUCUACAGAGGGCAGCACACCCUCACCCAGCAUGUACAAGUUUGUGGUGGUCGGCGGUGGGGCUGGUGGUCUGGCUAUGGCCAGUAGUCUGUCUCGUAAACACGGCAAGGGACAGGUUGCCGUCAUCGAACCAAGCGAUGUACAUUACUACCAGCCCCUAUGGACGCUGGUGGGAGGAGGCCUCAGGAAAAAAGAAGAAUCCUGCAAGCCAAUGAAGGAUUUCAUGCCCAAAGCGUGCGACUGGGUCAAGGAAAAGGCUGUCGAAUUCGAUCCUGAAAAUAACAGCGUCAAGACAUCAGGAGGGCGAGUAUUGCAGUACAAGUACCUGGUGAUGGCCAUGGGAGUUCAAAUCAACUUUGAUCAGAUAAAAGGUCUACCAGAGGCUCUAGAGAAUGAUCCCAUGGUUUGUAGCAACUACACCUACGAGACUGUUGGCAAGACAUACACGGCCAUACAGAAUUUCAAGAGUGGAAACGCCAUAUUCACUUUCCCCAACACUCCGGUCAAGUGCGCGGGGGCUCCCCAGAAGAUCAUGUAUUUAGCGGAGGACUACUUCAAGCGGAAUAAUAUGCUUGACAAGGCCAGCAUCAGGUAUUAUUCGCCACUGCCUGUCAUAUUCAGCGCACCCAAGUACGCCGCCAUCUUGAUGGGAAUCUGCAAAGAGCGAGGCAUUCAGGUCAAUCUUCGACACAAUCUGGUGGAGGUCAAACCAGAGAGCAAAGAAGUGGUCAUUGCAAAGCUGGACACUGAACCCAUGGAGAUGAUUAAUGUGCCUUACGAAAUGCUGCAUGUGAGUCCUCCAAUGGGCGCACCUGAUAUCCUGAAGGCAAGCCCCCUCGCUGGACCAGCAGGGUAUCUUAGUGUCAACAAGGAAACAGGACAACACACCAAGUACCCCAACGUGUUUGGUAUCGGUGACUGCACCGACUUCCCAACCAUCCGAACCGCUGCAGCCGUGUCUGUCCAAUCGGGAAUCUUGCUAAGAACAAUUAAUGCUGUCAUCAAUGGUCUUACCCCAGAUGGAAAGUACAAUGGCUACACCUCGUGCCCACUGGUCACGGCCCGUCGAUCCUGUAUACUGGCCGAGUUCGACUAUAACUUCGAAGCUAUCGAGACAUUCCCCAUCGAGCAAGGGAAGCAGCGCAGAACUGCCUACCACCUGACAUCCGAUCUCUUGCCAAGCUUGUAUUGGCACGGUCUGCUGAAGGGACAUUGGCACGGACCGGCUGUUUACCGCAAAAUAUUUCAUCUUGGUUUCUCCAAGUAAAACAAGAGACGCAGUUCAAGGAGUAUCAGUUCAAGUGGCCUUGGGUGGAGGUUUAUACAGUAUGGCAUAUUUUUUGUAAUGUUUUUAAACUAUACUCAGAGAAAUUACAGGCUUCAAAAGCGGUGGGAUAUUAUUUUCUGUUUUGUGUUCGAUUUCUGGUUAUUUUCAUUUCAGGAGCUUUGCUAUACAGAAAGUGACCGAGAGUUAAAAAAAAUAUAUACAUUUGAAUUAAAAAGAGACGUGGCUCGCUCCAUUUAAUAAAAAAUAUCAUAGGAAUAAAGUACCUGUUAUUAACAAAGAACUUCAACAAUGUCACGUGAUUUGCAUACUCUAUUCAUACGGUUCAGCUGUCCACCACUGAUCAUUUGCCAAUACGCACCAAGCAGUUGAUUUUUUUUUAAAUAUGAUGCACUGAUUUCGUCGGUUUUCCUUCCUAUUCUCGUACUAUAAUUUUUAUUUUUGUCCCCACCUCUAAAACUGAACAUCUUCUUCUUUAUCUUUCUCUUCCGUCUUCAGGCUUGUGCACAUAAAGACUCUUUGGUUUCAUUGCCAGAAAGAAUUAGAGUAAAAAGAAUGCCAAAAAUGUUUAAAGACCUACCUUUAAAUUGAACAUACAAAACCCUAUUGUUUCUGCAAUGCGCAUGUGCAACUAAAACGGAAUAUCGAACCAUGAUAAACCAAAAGUAAAUGUAAAUAUUGUGCUGAAUGUAAUUAUUUCAGAUUUUUAAACAGUAGGCUACGACUUAAAGGUAUAAAACACAAUGUACAACGUUUCCAUAUUGUCAAUCGUAACAUAGUGAAUGUGAAAAGAUAUUACGUAUGCAUUAGUAUUUUUAGAAUGAUAUUUACAACUGUGCACCGAUUUUUUUUUAUAACAGCGUUUGCUUUAGUAUUUUUUUUUUGAACCAAUCAUUUUGUGCUUAUGUGACGUUUGUAUUGGUGUGGUAUUAAGAUCGAUUGUGCAGCCGGAAAGAAAUAUGCUUUUGCCUUCGUUUGGUACAAUGUGUGCACCGAUGAUUGCAUUGCGGGGAACCCCGUGGCUUUUUGAAAUUGUACUCUUCAAAUACACAAUGAGGCACGAUGACUGCUUUGGUGUAUUAUCAUUUGUUGUGAGGUAUAUAUGAUAUAGAUAUAAUGUAAAAUUGAUUUUGCCUUCACUAACAACCAAAAACUUGCCAUCCGCGCUGACGAGAAUUGACGUGUCUACAGUCGCGGGUCAUAAUUUGAUCCGGAAUCCAGGUCAGAUUUGACACUUUUCCGGGUCCAAAUUACACUUUUGCCAGAAGGUUAUUGGAUCAAAAUGAGUCGUAAAAUGACUCCGCACAGUGUCAGUUCUAACCGGAAAGGUGUCAGCAUGACUUUUUCAGUGUUGUGAGUCGUAUUUGCAAAUAGCGUAAGCCUUUUAUAUACAAGGGAUCCAAGGGUAGGGAAAUGAGGUAGCUUACACCCCCCAGACCAUAGUGUUAAUUAUUAUAUAAUCGUCACCGUCACCAUGAGCUGACACUCACGCGCGCGUGAGUGCGCUGCACGCGUACGUAUUUACAGAACCGGGAUAGUUUGGGUUUCUGACAUCCUCCACAGUGCGGCACUUUUAGAUAAGAGCGCACCCCGUGCAUUUUCGGUUUCACGAACUGACGCUGAUCUUAAUUUUACCAAUUGAAACGCUUUUUAAUUAAAAAUUUGUAGCAUCACACAAGUACACGGAUAGAUUUAAUUCGUGUCAAACAUUUCAAGCCGUUUUUCUCCGUUCUGUAUUGGCGC